UGUCGCAUGUUCGAUCGGUUUGACUCAUAUCUGUAGAACAGAGUGCGAAUUCAGAGCCAAUUGUUGUGUGAUCCUUUGUGCGAACCUUUUGUGAAUGACAACUGUUCAAAAAUGCCUCUAAAAAGACCCCGGAAUUUGACCAUGCUGAGCUUCAAUCCCUCCACUCGAACCCUUCGUAGCCUGAAGAAGGUGGUCUUGGCAAUAAUACUCUUCUUGACGUUGGCAUUCCUCAUCCUGAAGCCAAUUGUGCAGAAGAAAUUGCUGGAUAUUGUAUUGGAAAAGGGCAACGAAAAGAUCUCUUUUAUGCCCGAGAGUCCCUCUUUCAAACACAAUGAGGUUCCUCAGGGUCCGUCACCCUCGCCUUUGAAAUCCUGUCCCCAUCAAGACUCAAAUGCCACCCAAGCCAUUGUGCCCAAUCCUUUGAUGGUGGAAGAGCAGGAACGAAUUGAAAUCAGUAACAUGGGCAAUCUAUAUAAUCUGACCUCCGAGCAGCUUGCCCGGUUUUAUGAGAUCAAAGAGGCCCAAUAUGCCCGGCGGAGGGACAACUUGUACAAAUUCUGUCGUCCGAUUCGUCAAAUCUACGAUCCAGGGAUGAAGAACCCAAUGAUUGACAUCUCACCACAUUGUAUUCUCUACGACAAGCCAGACGGCAUUUCUCAUUGCUCCAUCGCCAAAGUGGCCAGUACCACGUGGUGCCGGCAUUUUAUUAACUUAGCCGGAGUGGAUCCAGAGGGCGUAAUCGAGCAGUUCUACGUCAAGCACUUGUGGCCUUUGCCCACGGAUGUUCCCGUGGAGAAAGCCAUUGCCGAGACCCUGUCCUUUGUGAUCAUUCGAAACCCUCUGAGCAGAUUAGCCUCUGUGUACUACGAGAAAUUUGUGGACUCGAAUAUCAACCCGAAACAGAUUCAAAAGAGCAUCCAAUUGACCGGCCGGGAGCGACCCCCCGCCCGAAAUGAAUCCAUCGAAUUCCCCGAGGACGACCCAUUCUUUCCUAGCCCUACCGAGUUCCUGAACUUCAUCGUCAACGACUUCGAGCGAGUGCACACCGAGGAUCUCAACUACCAUUGGCGUCCACAACAUGGAUCGUGUCCGUUUUGCCGGUUCAAUUUCUCCGUAUAUUCGAAAAUGGAGGACCUCCACGAGGACACGGCCUUUGUCGUCCAGAAAGCCAAUCUGACCACCCGAAUCAAGCCCGAGCUUCACAAGAACUUGAGCCAGAGCGGUGGCAAGGGCAGCUCGAAGGAGAACCGAUUCUGGUCCCGUGUUCAUGGGAAGAUGAUCCAAGAAAUUUUCGAUCUUUAUUACUUGGACAAUGUCCUGUGGGAUUACACUUUGGAGGCCUACCUUCAAUCCUUAGAUCUUCACCACAAACUCGAAGAAUCUUAGUACUUUAGAAGUCAAACUUUCAUGUGAAAUAAAAAGCAAAACGC